AUGGACUACGCAAGUAUCGCCACGCCAGAGUCGUGCUAUGCCGACUUUUGUCUUCUUCCCAUCGGAACAGGAAACGCCUCCGUCGCAGAGGAUAUUGCUGAGGUGCAAAGAGUCCUCAAGGCAAGCGGCUUGAAGUAUACGCUUCACUCUGCUGGAACAACAGUCGAGGGUUCCUGGGACGAGGUCAUGGCAGCUGUGGGAAAGGCACAUGCUGUUGUUCACCGUCGCGGCGUGGUGAGGGUUCAGUCAUCCAUGAGAGUUGGUAGCCGAACGGAUAAGAAACAGACUGCUGAGAGCAAGGUCCAGAGAGUUGAGAAUAUUCUGGCCAAGGACGAGUCUAAGUAG